UUUUAGUGCAACAUUGUGAGAUUAAAACAUAAUUUUAAUCAUUGAAUUUUAAUGAGUUUUUUGCAGCUAUACGCCUUAAUUAUCACUUUAAUUUGCUCGCCCAUAGAAAUAUAUCAUGGCGAUGAACCUGUUAAAUCAAUAUCAGUUCGUUAUAUCUUUUAGAGAAUUGCAAGUAUUUAUCAUUUGAACAAUUCAUAAACGCUAUUUUAGCUUAAAGUUUAUUAUAACAGUUAACAGAAUUUUAAAUAUAAUAUAAAAAAAUGUGUCUCUGCCUUGGACCAUUUAAAUCUGGCAAAACUCUUUUAAUGAAAAGUCUCCAAGGAGAUGAAAUCGAUGAUGCGACUCAUACUGUGCCUACCAAUGGAAUAAAUAUAUUUACCGUAAAAAAUGAUACUGGCGAAUUCGAUAUGGUGAUUAAAGAAAUUGGCGGUAACAUGGCACCGAUAUGGAAGCAUUAUUUUGAUAAGGUACUAAAAAUAAUCUACGUCGUGGAUACUAGUAAUCUUUGCCAAAUUAGUGCUGCGGGCGUAUUGCUAUAUUCUUUCCUCGUGGAACCGAGAUUACGAAACGUAAAAGUUGCGCUCAUCUUGAAUAAAAUGGAUGUAUCAUAUCGUCAGAUGAGAAACGAGGCCUUGCUGAUGCUUCGAUAUGCGCGCUUACAGAAGGAAGUGACACAGAAAAUCACAGUGCUGGAAACAAGUGGUAUGACAGGUCAAGGGACAGAGAAUUUACGUAGCUGGCUAUUCGAUCCAGAAACACUGCGCGCCACACUCAAUGCCAAUAAAUAGCUUAAAAUUGUGACAUGAUGAAGAAAAAAAAACGUUACCUCAAAAUGCAUCAUUCUUUUUAUUUACACUCGAUCUUACAAAGAUACAAAGACAUUACUCUACAAAUCCGAGAAUUCUUUGAA